AUGUGGCGAUUUGUGAUGAGGGAUGUGGAUGGUGAUAAUCAUCGAGUUCAUUGGAUGCUGUUAGAUACGCAUACGUUAUCGUUCUUAGCAAGAAAGUGGAGAAAACAUUUGCUCAGUGUAUCCAAUGAGAUAAAACUAGAGACUCAUUUAUCUAUUACUGAUCUCAAGCUAGUGCACGAUCUAAUGAGUCGUUUCAAAACAUUCAAGUCUCCACGUCACUUGGUCAAAAAGACUUCAUACAGACGACUUCUUCUCAGUCACAGUUGGCUUCGAGAUGAUCAAGAUGUUGUCCAAGAUGACACUCAAUCUCAGGAGACAGAAGGGAUGCUCCUUCAGCUCAAUGAUGAAGAACGUCAACGGCUCAUGAAGAUAAUCAGUACACUUGGGCCACAAACAUUACGGAUGGAGCAGAUUCAAAUAGGAGGAGAGACACAACAUAUACUGCAGCAACAUCAGAUCUCUGAACAUCCAUCUACUUCUGGAUAUUCUAAUAAUACCUUUAUAUACAUCAAGAGAGAUGAUGCCUACAAAGAUGAAGCCCAACAACAAUCCAACCAAUUCGAUGCCACUGUCAAUUCUGUUGCUCACGGACAAGCCAGUCUGUCAACUCUCGAAAUGUUCAACUGUAAUGGAUCACCUAAUGGAGACAAUCUUCGUCGGAAGACGCCUGUCAGGAAACAAGAGGAUUCUAUUAAAGCCACUUGUAAAGUGUGCGGACACGAUGUAAUGUAUUCUCCUCAAAGAACUUGGAACCUGAUGCGUCAUGUUUGGAUUAUGCACCAAUCAUCAAAACCCAAUCAAUGUUCGAUUUGUGGCUAUUCCCAUAUCAAAUCCUACGUUAGGAAACACAUUGAUUCACAGCAUAAACACGAUGCGAAUGCAAGUAUUCUAGAUUUAAAAUCACCCGAGUUAGAAGCUGAAUGGAGUCAACUUUUAGAUCAGUGUUUCGGAGUAACAUAUCGGAAAUGGAAGCACCAGAAAGAAGAUAUUCAACAGCAAGGCAAGCUUAUUUUUUAUGUUGAUCAGUUUAGAGAAACCCAAUGA